UUCGCCCGCGCCGGAGGAGAGGGGAAGACAAACUCGGGGAAUGUUGGAAGCGAGGAGCUUGCGGAAGGCGGUCGUCCCGGCCUCGCUAUUCCGAGACCCGUCGCCGGGGAACAUCCAAUCCACUCGCCUCGCUCUCAAUGUCAAUGAUGGCGGCUCUUCUUGCUCCGUAUACAUCGCUUCCGGUUGCCGCGUCUACAAGAUCGAGAUAUCCAUGGAAGAUUCUGUAAUUACUAAAGGAAAAGAAAGCCUUAUAAUUCCUGUCAAUGCAGAGGUCAUACACUCAUCUGCGGUUGACCGCUGUCCUCAUCGUUCAGAGAUUCAAAGUUUAGUCCUUACUGAAGGAGGUGAUAACUGCUUGAUUAUGGGCACAGUGGACUGUUAUGGGCACCUUAUUGUAUCCCAGUUGGAUCCGGUUGGUUCAGUCAUCGACAGGCUUUCUUAUUCGGUGUUGCCUCGAGAUUGCGGUAUAGGAGAGGGGAGCUGGGCUGGUAUCUGCUUUAGUCCAGCACACUGGUCUACAGUAGCAGUCGCCCGCAGCUUCUGCAAAAGUAUCGAUGUUUAUGACCAAGAUAUCCACAUUAAGAGUUUACAAACAUUGUGGUACCCGGCUUCAUUAAGUUUUUUUGAUAAUCCACAUUAUGAGGGGCACUCCUCUGUACUAGCUGUUGCUGAAGGCUCUCAGCUGACCAUAUGGGACUUGAGAACAAAUCAAAAUGGUGGAUGUGUACAACGUGUAUGUGGUUCCAUUGGAGAUCUCAUAUAUUCCCUGUGUAGUUCACCAUCUGGAACAAUUGCUGUUGGUGGAUCUGAUCGUACUGUUACCAUUUAUGAUCCUCGCAGGUGGUCGGCCAUAUCAAGAUGGGUGAACUGCUCAAAGUAUGAGAUAACAGGUCUCUAUUUCUCAACAAUUGACUCAGAUUACAUCUACAUCCAAGGUGUUGAUUAUGAGGUUAUCUGUGGAACAUGGAAAGAAGGUAGAAAAGCAUUCUCCUUUAGGGGAGACUCAAACUGGUUGGGCUUUAGUAAGUGUGCAAAUGCAGAUGUUCUUGCUGGAUGGUGCGAUUCUGGUAGCAUCUUUGUGGCUGAUGUUGUAGAGGAGCACUCAUGAAACCUGUGAAUACUGUUAUCGACCUGAUAUCACAUGUUGUCAGUGUAGUGUUAUCUGCCCGCAACUUUGAAUACAAAUACAAAAUGCUAGAAAUUAUGUUGAAACAUAAUUUCUCUUCUAAUGAUACGUUCUUUACGAUAAUUGAAAGGCCACUUGUUGGAUGCA